AUGGUGGAGCAGACGAUAUGCACACAUCAGAAUGCGAUCACGGCCCUGUUCGCGAAUCAGAAGGAUUUUCCAGGACACGCGUGGGUUCGCGACAAUGUAUAUAUAGCGCAAGCCCUUUGGGCUCUCUAUCGGGCUUACAUGAAAUGCGCUGAUUUCGAUGAAGACCUUACCAAGGCCAAAGAGCUCGGAUUGACAUGUGUAAAAAUGAUGCAAUCAAUAAUGGAAUGUAUGAUGAGGCAGGCGGAAAAGGUUGAGCUGUUCAAAAAAUACCAACGACCACUCGACGCGCUUCAUUCAAAAUACAAUGUGGCGACGAAGGCGACGGUUUGCGGCGACGCCGAAUGGGGACAUUUGCAAAUCGACGCCACCUCGCUUUUUCUGCUCACGUUGGCCCAAAUCACCGCCUCCGGCCUUCAAGUCGUCCGAAAUUUCGACGAGGUCGCAUUCAUUCAGAAUCUCGUCUAUUACAUCGAGACCGGCUAUCGCACACCCGAUUUUGGGGUUUGGGAGCGAGGCGACAAGACGAAUCAGGGAAUCCGCGAGCUGAACGCCACUUCCAUUGGAAUGGUGAAGGCGGCACUUCAAGCGCUCAACGAUGUUGGCGAUUUGUUCGUCGACGGCUCGCGCGGAUCAGUGGUCCAUGUGCUUCCCGACGAAAUUGAGCAAUGCUCAGCGGUGCUUUCAAGCAUGCUUCCCAGAGAAUCGUUCAGCAAGGAGACCGACGGCGCCCUUCUCGGCAUCAUCAGUUAUCCGGCGUUUAGCGUCGAAGACCCGGAACUUGUCGCCAGCACGCGUGAGACAAUUGCGAAUCAGCUUUUGGGCCGCUACGGUUGUCGACGAUUCAUGCGCGACGGCUACAAGACCGCUUUGGAGGAUUCGUCGCGAUUGUACUACAACAAGAGCGAACUUCAACAAUUUGAGAAUAUCGAGAGCGAGUGGCCGCUGUUUUUUUGCUAUCUCAUUCUUGACGCGAUGUAUUCGAAGGACGAUGAAGCCGUCGAGGAGUAUUGGCAACAAUUGGAGAAGGUGCUUGUGCUCAGCGAUGAGGGCUUUCGACUCGUGCCGGAACUCUAUGUGGUGGCUAGGGAGAAUGUUGCCGCCGAGAAGGCGCAACACGGCACGCAGACGAGAUAUCCUGGUGGUGCUACACCGUUUCUCUGGGCUCAAAGCCUUUAUGUGAUCUGCAGUCUGCUCUAUGAGGGAUUUUUGAGUCCCGCGGAGCUUGACCCGUUGAGUCGGCGAUUGUCGGUCUAUGAGAAGCGGCCGCCGUGCGAGGUUCAGGUGACGGUGCUCGCCGAAUCGGCCGACGUUCAACGCGAACUCCGAGCCCAUGACAUUUUUGUGCAGCGCGUCGAUGAGAUUGAUCCGGUGUUCACGAUAUUGCCGGCGUCGGCGUUGGGCCAUUUGUUAGCCAAAAUCGGCGAAUCGAAGAAGCUCAAUUUGUCUGGCCGACCGCUGGAUCGUCCGAUAGGACUAUUGAGCACCAGUCGCCUUUACCAAAUUGGGAACAAGUUUGUGAUAUUCACACCGCAAUUCAUGGAUAGCCGACGAUCGCACUUGAUGUAUGACAUUCGCAUUCUGACGGAUGAAUGGAGCAGCGAGCUGCAAUACAUUUACGCGUCAUGGAAUAGUGUGAGCAUCAGCGGGCGGCCGCUUGUCGUUCUCGUUGUCACACAAGGAAUGCUGUCGACAGAAGGUCUAUCGCAUUUCUCGAACAUCCAUUUGAAUCGCCACAUGAAAUCGACGGUGAUCGGUGCGAUCAAGAAAAUCAACACGGGCUAUUUGAGCGGCGCGCGUGUCGUCAUGAAAGACUUGUCGGAAUUCUUUCGUACCACCGCCGUCAGCAAAAUGGAGUUUCGCGACAAGAGCGCUGAGGAGAUGCUGAGAAGUGUGACGUCGGAAAAAGUGCAAUUCACACUUCACACGUCGGACAAAUCGGACGAGAAUAAGAUUGGCCCGACGGCUUCACCGCGCGGCGGACCCCCGUUGCGUCGUGGCGAAUCUGUCAAAGAUCGAAGCGCCUACUCGAAAAUCCAUAAAGCCUCGAUGAGGCAUCGAUCGAUUGCUUUGGAUAGCAAUGAUGCCGACCUUAUCCAACUCCGCCUCGCUUAUAAAUCGAGAACCAUCGAAGAACAAGAGGACACGUCACCGCGAGGAUUGCCGCACAAUUUGGAGCUCGUCAGAGAGCAUAGCCCGUCAGGAUCAAGACAUCCGCUGCUGAAAACAGCGAAGCGCGGCGCUGAAAAUGAGACAAUACGUCGCGACUUGAAAAAGGCGGAAAUGAAUGAAAUGAAGGCCGACGAUCUUCUCGAUCUUCUUGUCGAGACCACUGUACUUGAAGAGCAAGCCUCGAUUAUUCAUUGCCUCUGGAUGAAUUUUGGUCCCGAUUAUGAUACCGAACUUGCGGACCAACAUAUUACGGUGAGAGUGCUCAUGGAGGAGAUUUACGCGAAAGCGUGUGAUGCGAGAGAAUGGGCGCUUGUUCGUUUAAGCGCUGGAUUGUUGAAGAAGCAGCUCGAGGAGCUUAGCAAAGCGGUCACUCAUCUGCUAGUGCGACAAAAACAAAUAACGCUUGGAAUGGUAUCGAAAAAGGAGGAGGUCAUCACGUGCCCGAAGACGAAUGAAGAGCUGGAGAAGAUAAUGAAUCGAGCGUAUGGCGAUGAUGCGAAUUCGUUUACACUUUCGCAGGAAAUUAUUGUAUCUCUUGGAUCGCUGGUCCGAACCGAGCCUAAAUUGUUUGUGGAAAUGUUCCGACUACGAAUUGGAUUGAUUAUUCAGGUUCUCGCUUCUGAAAUGGCGCGCCUUCGCAACAUGUCGCCAACGGAAGCCGCCGACAAAUUGUUGACGGUGAGCCCGUUCGAGCUGAAAUCGAUGCUGUUCUCGUUGCUCUCGGGCCGAUUGUUGGAGGAAUACGCCGACGAUGGAUUCCAUCACGGCGACGCGGCGCGCGACACCCGAACGGGCAUCGGUUCGUUUAGGCGGCAAAUCGAGGAGCGCAAAUCGUUGCGCAAAUCGACGCGCAGCGUCGGAAGCGGCCGUAUGGCGGUGCCGAAAGAGGAGGAAGAGGAGGAGGAGGCGGACGAGGAUGAUUUUCAGUUCGGCAUUUGGCUGAGGCAUCGUCGAAUUGACGGCGCGCUCAAUCGAGUGCCGCACAAUUUCUAUGCGAUUCUCUGGGAUACUGUCCAUAAAAUGCCGCACGGGAUCAAAAUCAACGAUACGGUUUUGCAUUGGGGAUUGACGCUGGAAAUGACGAGACGCGAAAUCAAAUUCGCGCUGGAGGUUGAAGAAGCUCUCAAUCGAAUCGUCGAGCCCGAAUAUCGAGAAUUGGUUAUUGAAGCUCUAUGGCUUAUUGGACGACUUGAGAAGCUUGUGCUCAUGGAGCAGCCGAAUGUGCCGAGAGAUCGUCCGCUCGAUGUCGAUGCGGUGCUUCAUUUGGCAAAUCAGAUAUUCGUCGAGCACAAUAAGCAAAUGGAGACGAUAGUGAUGGAAUGUUGCGCGUCGUCGAAUCCGAAUCACACGAGAUGCGACGGCGCCCGCGGAAUCUGCAAACAUUUCUACGAUUCGGCGCCGGCUGGCGAGUACGGCACAUGCCAUUACAUUAUUCGAGCACUCAUGCAGCUAUUUAGUUGA